GGGCGAGAACGCAAUUCGCCAGCGUUGCUGAGGAAGAGAGAAAUUUUCAAAUGAGCAAGGCGCGACAACGCAACCAGGUCCGCAAGCAUGGCGAACAGGAUUUGCAACAUCCGCCCCCUGUCCGCAGUGCCCAGAACGGGGGAGCGCGCGGCGGGCGCGAAAAUGCGCGGGCGGACCAGGCGGGCAUAUACCCGAUUAGGGGUGCGGGGCGGGGAGUACUAUCGGGCCGGCGAUGAGGUCGGGGCGGGGUCUUUCGAAAUGGACUGACGUCAAAGAGAGGCCUGUCGGGUUCUCGCCUUCGCGCGCCGCUGCCGAGGGCAAUCAAGCUUGGGCGCACCGGCAAAUUUACCUUCCUGGACCAAUCGAGGGCCGCUUCUCGAAAUGGCUCGGAGUCUGCAUCGCUCUCCUCAGCCGUCUUCGUGGGUCUGGCGUAUUUACUCCGACCCGCUCCUCCGCAGCAAGCUCACACAUAACGCUGUCGCCGGCCAAUCCCAUCCUGACCACGAACCGUUGCUUCCCUACACAUCAAGGCGUCCAGACGACAUCCCAGUCCCAUCUUCCUUUGAGACCGUGCGCAUCCUUCUUCCUCGCGUUUAGCCUCGAAUCAGUUUCAGACCCGAAGUAUUUCACGCCCUGCGAGCAUCCUCCUUUCUCCUACCCCUUCCUCGUCAAAUGAUUCAGCCAUGGACUCUCCUCCACACAUGAACCCCUCCGAUCCCACCGCCCCCGCCGACAACAGGCCGCCCGGGGGCACGCGCCGCUCCGGCCACAAGACACCUCGCAAGGUCCAAUGGGUAUUCGACGAGACCGACGGCUCCCCAUCGUCGAGGGCAUUGGACGAACACGCCUUGGAUCCCGACGCUUUUGAGACGCUCGCCUCAGCUCUAGAACGCCACCGGUCCUCUUCGAUGUCUGAAGGCAACAGCAGCCGCCCCAUGAUCGUGACAGCCGCGCCUACAGCUAUUUCGCCGGAGCCAUCACUCCCUACCUCCCCAGAACUGAGCCCUCAACCUACUCCACACGAGGUUCCUGGUGAGAACUUCAUCGACCGACACGAAACAGCCGGUCUUCCCGGGGUCGACAUCGAGGAGUACUCGCAAGAACAGGCCAAGAAGGUAGUGCGCGCACACAAGUACGGGUUCCUAAGAGGCCUCGGUGGCGGCGGCAAGCGCCACAAACGUUCCCGGUCGCAAGAGCCACUCGCCAACUCGGAGCGCCGCGGCAGGCAGACACGCAAGGGCUUCUUCACCGAGCGCCACACACCCGGAGGCGACGUGGAGAAGAGCGCGGAGGUGCGCAACGAGAACAAAAGGGACGCGCCCAAGGGUGUCCUGUCGACGUUGCUCUCGUUCUACGAGCCCUCAAACGGCUUCCAGUCGGGGAUGUCGACACCCGGACGCUCCUCGCUGGACGAGUCGCGCCCCUCGUCCGUGUACAGCGGGAAGACGGCGAAUCUCACCGAGAGCGGGUCGACGACGUCCUCGGCGGUGCUGAUGCCUCCCCCGCCCGUCCCGAACCGCGCGGAGGGCAGUGGUUACGCACCUUCCAUGCCGAACCCUUCGACCAACUCCCUCCGACCGCCGUCGCACCCCUGGACACGCACGCUGGGGCUUCCUGAUGCCCGGCCUUCCGCUGCACGGAGCGGAGCAGGGGUGUUCGGCCCUCUGAUAGCGAGUGCUGGGAACAUCGCAGGCGUGGCCGCGCCAGCGCCCGCCACUGUCGCACCCAACUGCAAGCGUCCUGGUUAUCAUCUCUCUCGCUAUUCGCUCGAGAGCAGCCUGCCCAAGGCUUCCCAGAGCCAGCGCUCGUUGACGCUGUCGCGCUCACGCAGCAUGCAUUUUGAUCCGCAGAGCCGGUCGCCUACGCUGCUAUCGGUACCGCCUUCUCCCGCCGACGAGUCUCCGCCGCUCUUGCAUCCUUCGAACGGUAGCCCCGGUCAUGGGCGACAAAAAUGGACGGGCGUCCUCAAGGAUCUCCCAAAGUGGGUGCCCAGUCGGGCGGCGACGCCGAGCACCGCUCCUGGCACACCAGCGACGGACCUCGGGACGGACGAGUGGCUGAGUGAGAAGGAGUUCAGCGGCGCUGAAGACAGGAAAAGAGAGAAGCGACAGAAGCGCAAGAAGGCGGAGAUUUGGAUAACGCGCCACGUUGCGGAAAUCGUGGCGAGGCAGGAAUUCAUCUUGAAGCUCGCGCGCGCGAUGAUGAUGUUCGGCGGGCCGACGCACCGGCUGCAGGCGCAGAUCCAGGCGACAGGGAAGGUGCUCGACACCCCGCUGUCGUGCAUGUACCUGCCGGACAUGAUGCUCAUCUCGUUCGAGGACCCGUCCACGAGCACCAGUAGCAUCAAGUUCAUUCGGCAGGGCAGCUCGCUAGAUAUAGGAAAGCUGCAAGAGGCGCACAAGCUGUACUGGACGGUCAUCCACGACGAAAUAUCCGUGAAGGAUGCGUCGAGCGAGCUCGACAAGCUCAUGUUGCGGAAGCCGAUUUACAAGAACUGGCAAAUUAUUCUCAUCGGUGGUGCUUGCUCAGCCUCAAUCUGCAGUGUCAGCUUCAACGGCUCUUUCAUCGACUCGCUCAUGUCCUUCCCCCUCGGCUGUCUCCUCAUCGUCAUUCAACUGUUUGCUGGUCGUAACGAACUGUACUCCAACGUCUUCGAAAUCACCGUCGCUACCAUAUUCAGCUUUAUAGCUGCUGCUCUCUCGUCUUCCAGAUACUUCUGCUACUCCGCUAUUGCUUCCAGUUCUGUUGUUCUCAUUCUACCCGGUUUCAUCGUCCUUUGCGGCAGUCUCGAACUCUCAUCGCGCAACAUUGUUUCCGGCGCUGUUCGAGUCUGUUUUUCUUGCAUAUAUUCGCUGUUCCUCGGCUUCGGUCUUGCUAUAGGCGCCACCGCCUACUCCAAGAUAUCGCACCACAGCCUUGCUGGUUCUGACGACCUUACGUGCGGCUUGAGCCAUGACCCCGACGGGCCCUGGUGGCAACGAACUCCUUCAUUGUGGUGGGCCUUCUUGACGGUGCCGCUGUACUCCUUGUUCCUGAGUCUGAGGAACUACGCGCCGUGGAAACAUCGCGAACUGUACUUGUUGGUGGCAAUCUCGUGCAUUGGUUGGGUCACCAACCACUUCACCGGCACGCGCUUCCGCAACCAAAGCGACAUCUCGGCUGCCGCCGGAGCACUUGCGGUCGGCUUCGUCGCGAACCUCUAUGGCCGAUUCUUCAACGGGAACGCUUUCGUCAUCAUGAUCACUGGCAUCCUAUUCCAGCUGCCUUCCGGACUGGCGAACGGCGGUCUGUUCACCUUCGUGCAGCAGCAGGAGUCCGGCUCGUCGUCGAACGAAGCUUAUCUGUCAGGCUUCCAGACAGCGCUGCAGCUCAUCUCGGUCGCGAUCGGCCUCACCGUUGGGCUCGGCAUCUCGCUCGUGCUCGUCCAUCCUAUUCCUUCGCGGCGGCGCGGCACGGGCAUGUUUACGCUAUAAGGCCCAGAGACGGUCCGGUCAUACACCCAUCAAAAGCUUUUCUUCUUGUACGUACCAAGUCUUCCUCAUUCCGCGGGCCUGUCACCCCGCGGCACAGUACACCUCUCCGAACAUUUUGCUCGCUCCCCCCUCCCCUCGUUUCCUUCUCGGCCUGCUCCUUUUGCCUACAUCAUGGACUUUACGAUAAGCGAUGCGCACCACGAACAUGACUCGUGCCCCCCGAUAGAUACUCAGACCCUUGCAAUUGUCUUUAGAGAAUUCCCACAUCUCCUGGCGUCUUGUACAAAUUUCCCUGCUCUCCACUGCUUUCCCCCCAUAGACC